AUGGAAGAUGCGAGACGAUUACCAGUAAUUAUUGUGAGGCCAUCAAUAAUAGGAGCCAUGUGGCGAGAUCCCCUUCCUGGUUGGACAGAUAAUUACAAUGGGCCAACAGGAAUUUUUGCUGCUUGCGGCAAGGGUGUAUUGACAAACAUGUGUGGCAGCAGUUCAGCGAAAGCGGAUAUAAUACCAGUCGAUAUCGUUUCGAAUUUGAUGAUCGUUGCUGCGGCUCACAGAACUUACACCGAGUAUGAAUCGAUACCGGUAAUACACUGCUGUUCAGGAGCGUUGAAUCCCGUUCAGUGGAAUUUUAUUGUUAAUUUCAUCGAACGCUUUUUCCGCGCUUAUCCUCUGAACGAAUGCUAUCGCAUCCCAUCAACUCACUUUCACUCCUCUAGAUUUCUGUUCGAAUUCAAUUUUUAUCUGAAACAUAUGGGUCCCGCUUAUCUUAUCGAUCUUGUGAGCGCAUUCUGGGGUCCAAAAAUAAGAUUUACUCAUAUCUAUAAGAAAGUUUUGAGACUAGUUGAAACGCUGCAUUAUUUUACUGCUCGAGGUUGGGAUUUUGAUUCCAAGGGUCUUAUCGAGUUAUGGGAAACAACUUCAGAGGAGGAUAAAAAAAUUUUCAAUUUUGAUGUACGACAGCUGGAUUGGGAUUCGUACCUGUUCGAUUACCUUAUGGGUGUUAAGCGAUACGUCGUUAAAGAUCGUUUGGAAGAGCUUCCAAAAGCAAGGCGAAAUCUUUCCCGGCUAAAGCUAUAUACUGCAAUUUUCAACGCUCUAAUUUGGUGGAUUUCUGUACGUAUAUUUGCAAGACAGCGUUCUAGAAGAUACCGCUGGUUUAGUGGGAGUAUCGGGUUUCUGUUGACGUAUAUUUGGACAAAUUACAAUUUUCGUCCACCGGUUCGUUUGAAAAGCCUGGAAGAAUACAAGCAAAGAACAAAUUUUUAA